CCAGCAGAGGUGGCGGCUGACCCACAGGGAAGGGGAGGGGAGGGGAGGGGAGGGGAGGGGAGGGAGUUUCCCAGAGCAGCUGGAAGGACAGGUGCUAAUCAGAGACCCACACCCUGGAGCCCUGGAGUCAGUCACUUUUCCGGCAGUGACAGGGUGCGGCCCCUGAUGUCCCCAGCGUGCUGUCUUCGGAGGCUGGCUCCUGCUGACUCCCAGAAGUCCACGCGCUGCUGUCGCACGGUGGACCCCACCUGCGCGGGCGGGCAGCAGGCCUCCAGGGAGUGAACCCUGCGGCCCCGCCCACCUGCAGUCCAGACUGGCUGUGGCCCCCUGGUCCCAAACACCCACCCUGCACGUGGCCCUGGGAGGGGUUGAAUUGCCUAUUGGAACGUGCAGGUAUGCAAAUGUCUGUCUGCUCACACUUCUCUGGAUGUUAGGUAAACUCUUGGAAAGAGCCUGGGUCCCAGGAGGGAGCGGUGACCAUGCAGUUCCCUGAGCGGCUGCAGCAGGAGUCAUCGCCUGGCGGCUGGGGCCAAGGGUCCUUCAGGCCUCGGAUAGCUGGCCCGCAGUGCCCUCCUCAGCUCUGCACACCCACACGCGCCCAGCCCCUCGCUGGCUGCACGGGCAGCUCCUUCAAGGGGGACUGAGCUGUGGCUGUCGGAGCAGCUGGGUAAGGGGGCCUCACGUGCAUGGUGAGAUGGCUGGAACCUUUCUGGGCGUUGAUUCCGGAGAGAGGCCCUGAGGCAGACUGACCUACCCCAGCCUGCCUUCCCCUCCCCUCGCCGGGCGGAGAGAGAAAGAAGAACAAUGCCAGGUAAAUUUUAACAGGACUCCGGCCUGGCUUGGGCUGUGUGGGUUUGACUGAUGAACUUGGGCAGCUCUCAGCCCAAGUGGCCCUGAUGUUUGCACAUGUGUCCUCCAUCCCUGGAGCCACCCCGCUGCCUCACCUGCCGUCUGAACGAACGGGCUGAGCCUCAGGAGGGACGGAAAGCAGUGGAAGGGGCUGAAAUGCAAACAGAGAGCCCCGGGCCCCUUUUUAUCAUGCAGCCAGGCUGAUACCAGGGUCCCUAAGGAGCCCCGUGGAAAGGCUCUGUAAAGUCUCCCCAGAUGCGUUCGUUUUCGUGGUUUGGAGUCCCGAGGUAGGUAAGACAAACAAAAGCAAAAGAAAACAAACAAAGGGUUUUGUGCCCGGAGUGUGCUGGGUGCCAGCUGAAUAACCCAAUUGUUUCUUGUUCUCGUCCCCUCCCCGCUUUCUGCCUGCGGAGAUAUUCCGCACAAAAUGCCUAUUCAUGCCGCAAGUGAGACCAUCAGGGUCCCUGCCCCUGACGCCGGUGAGACCAGCAGGCCGGGACUGUGUGGUGGUCUGUGUGGGCUGGGGCCGGCCCAACACGCGUGUGCGUGCUCGGCCAGUGCAUUACGAAUCUUUAGCAACCGGCAAGGAAGAUGUACGACGUUUUAAUUAAUGAAUGUGAGGAAGGCUUCAUCUUAUAGGUAAAAUCAUUAAGGUACUACGGUAUUCUUAUGGCUUAUUUUUAGCGCAGACUUGAUGGAUAGAGACCGCAGUGGCUUUCUCGUGUGUUCCAGUGUGACCACUUUGAACCCAGAGGCAAACAAUCAAUUAGUCUUUGAGGGAGAUAAGAUAGGAGGGGACAUGCCCAAGGGGAAGGCCGCUGUUCCCUCUGCUCACACCAGACCUUCACUGCUCAUUUGAACUUGGGCUGUUGCUUGUUUUCUGCUGUGAGCUGGUGAUGUGACUCUGGGUCUGUUCCUCAGCUCUUUUUUCCAGUUGUAAGAUCGGAAUGAGAAAUAUGUGAUAAGAAAAGUAUUUGUUAAAGUGUUUUCAAGUCCCUCGAGAAGGCGCACACGGAAACCACCGUUGAAAACGCCUGAGUCCGUCCGAGAGCCUACAUUUCAGCAGAUGCUUCUUUUUCUUCAAAGCUGUCACUUAGCUUCAGGUGCUUCCGAGCCCCUCAGCCCGCCCACGGCCGGAAUCGCCACGGUCCCAGGGCGGCUGCACCGUGUCUGGGGGCUGGAGCUCACUGGCCGCCUCGUCCGCGCAGUCCCGGCAGGCCGCCCCACGCCUGGCUUGUCGGGGUGGCUCAGAGGCGAACACAGAACAGCAACUGGUCUCACCAGACUGAUUGGAAGGUGGCCGGGGCGGAACCGCAGACUCUCCACCGCUCACCCAUGAAGGCUCGUUGCGGGUGGAGGUGCUGGGCGGGUGCUGUGGCCGUGGCCUUGUUGCGGAGGGAAGGGCCGAAGGGCCUGGAGCCAGGGCUCUAAAACCCUGCAGGUGGACUUUCGUUUCCGACUCACCCCUGAAGGCGAAAGCUUUGGGAACUGACCUCCUGCUCCUCCCCUGUCCCUGUCCCCGCCCUGUCCCCAGGCCUCAGAGCAGCACAGUCCAGAGAAAAGGUCGAUUCUGCUGGGGUCAGUGUCCUGUUAGAGGAACUGGGCUCUCCGGCGCCACCGCCCACGAGUCACCGGGGCCCGCACUGCUGGCUCAGAGUCCCCUGCCCUGGGAAGAGCUGAGGCGGUUGGCUGACUUCGGUUGCAGCUGGCUCGCUUGGGAGAGGGUGGCAAGCUGGUGGGUGGGGGUGCUGCUGUCAGACGUCAGGGGGCACUCCUCUGACUGGGAAGUUCAUCGUCCGCCGUAGGAGCAGGAGUUGGAUUUGUAGGGCGCUUGACGGUGUUUGAAACGGUGUGGCGGCCUUGUGCGCUGUUACUCUGUGGUUUGCGUAGAGGGGACGGCCACAGGUUGCCUUACUGCGGUGGCUAAUCAGUCACCCGAGAUCAGACCCUCAGGCUGGCUCAAAAUGUGUAUUCCAGCCCGUCGCCUGCGGCCAUGGCUGGGUGGCUCGUGGUUCAGAGUGAUGUCCCCAGGCACCCAGAUCCUGGGGCUGAGCCCUAGUCAGGCACAUGCGGGAGUGAGUCAGGGGUGCGUCCAUCGGGGAACGACAAAUCCAAGUUUCCCUUCCUCUCGCUCUCUAAUUACUAAGUUAAAAAGAGUUGGUGAUCUGUCUUUCAGAGAGGGAGACUCAGGUCCCUUGUGCCCAAAGCUCAGCCCCCAGCUCCCGUGUCACCUGCUCACCAGGCUGUCCCUGGCCCCAGGGCCCCACGUGUGGCCGGCUCUCUGCACCGUGUCUUCUGAUUGGCCUGGACCAGAGCUUCCGUUGGGAUGGAGUUCUGCCCCCCUCUGGUUCCCUGUCCACAUGCCCUUCCCUGAAUUCUGUUCCCAAGCCUCCAGCAAUGGUCCCGAGCCACCUGUGGGCCCCCCCUCAAACUGUGUUUCUGGUGUGGGCACGGCAGCCCCGAGCACCCAGAACCAGACACACUGUCAUGACUUGCCUGGCGGACAGCUGUCCUCUCCUGCCCCCUCUCCUCACCCUCAGCCCCCAUCUACCACCGGCUCCAAAGCUCACACCUGGACCCCAGAAAUCCCUCCUUCAGCCUCAGGAUCCCGGCUUUCUUGGGGCCGGGCCUGGCUGGCCCCCAUUGUUCCCUUCCCCCUAGAGGAGCAUCAGCUUCUCAAGGCCAAGCCCAGUGUCUGGGCUGUGCUGCUCCCUUGGCAUCUUUCAAAGUCUGACCUGCUCACGCAGCACCAACCCCUUCUUGGCCUUGUCCAGGGCAGCCAAUCCCGGCCCCACGCGGCCCCACCGUCCCCUGCAUGGCGGAGCCCUCGGUCCCCGUGGAGCAGAGCCUUCCUCCCCCCCAGUCAGCUGGUAGCCACAUCCUCUGUGAAGCCUUUCAAAGGCCCACUGGGAUGUCAUCGGGAACUUGGAAAGUUGCGACAGUUUAAAAAUAUUAACAUGCGAGAGGAGGCAUUGGAUCACCAUCUGGCGGAAGAGGCGCGGUUCUGCCGCCGGCUGCUGCCCGGGGCUCCAGGCUGCCUGGCGCUGCCGUCCGGAGAGGCCCCGUGACCUUGCAGGCUGUCCAGCAGGCGGCUGGGCAGCGCUGGCCGGAGGCGAGGCCUUCCCACCUGAGCGCUGCCGUUAGAAUGUGCUGAGUCACCCACGGUCCACAGGGUCCGCCUGUCGUGCACCCGGGAAAGGCCGGCAGACACCCCCCACCCCCACCCCAGGAGCUGCGGGUGGUUAUGUCAGUGCCCAGAGGAGCCCGGGGAGGGGGUGCAGCCCGGACACAUAGUAAGUUAGUAGCCUGUCCACUUGUAAACCGGUUUUCAGGUGUCUGAGGCCCUGUCUCCGGUGAGUGAUUGGUUGGUGAAGUGCUUUAACUAUUUCUUCCUGUUCUUAGAAACUGAAAAUGAAUGUAUGUGGGGAAGCAGUAGUCUUGUGAUAUUUGGAAAGAGGGAGGUAAUUUGCUGUUGCUUUGAAGUUUUGCACAAUCGAGAUGUUUGAAUUUGUUUCCCUUCAAAGACCGAAGAGCAGCCCAAUAGCGCAGUGGGCCCGAGGCUGGGAGUGGGGGCCUCUGGUUUCAGGGGCGCCUCAGGACGCCAGUUUUCCUGUGUGGGGCCUGUGGUUGAACACGCAGGGGUCGUUACCACAGCCGUGUUAACAGGGGCGGCAGGAAGUCUCUGAGUGUCCUUGGAACUGGAAAGAAAGUCCGCAGAAGUCUGGAUGGGGACAGGGGUCCCAGUAAAGAUGACAAGCUGGUGUGAGUUUGUGCGGAGAGGUGUUGGUGCAGCUUGCUUGAUUGAGUCUCUGUGGUUCCCUGGAACGCGUUUAAGACCAGGGAGGGCGCAGACACGCCUGCAGGGAGGAAGUCAGAGGCUCUGUUCACCAGUAUUAGCAAACGUCCUGAGGUCAUUUCACAAGGUGCAGGGUCACCAUGGGAGCAGCUGCCGGGGCUUCCUGCGGGCAGGUUUGCGUCACUGCGUCCGAGGGGGACCCGCCCAGAAGGGGCAGCCGCCCCUGUGGCCCGAGGGCUUCCUGCGGACUCAGCACUUCCUGCCCCUCCCAGUCCGUCCUGACGUCCAGGGAAGGUCGGAGCCGCCCCCACGGACGCUGGGAGGCAGUCGUUCCCAAGCAGCCCUGAGUCGGGGCAGCCUGACUCCAGCACCUGUGUCAGCCCCCCUAGAGACCCUCGGGGCUCCCACAGGGGCUCCUCGCUGGCAGGUUAACUGGGAACGGCCCCAGCUGCCCGCGGUCCUUGCUUUCUCUCUGCGCAGUUCAGAGGGGCCGGGCCAGGGCACGGGCUGGGGUCUGCGGUGAAAAGAAAGGGCAGAAAGGCUGCAAAUAACCCCCCGCAGCCAGCGGGACCCCGGGGGAGUGUCCAUCGUCACACACUUUUCUGCUCGGAGCUACCCCACAGCGAACACCCGUGGGUGAGCCUGCGGAAUCUAAAAAUCUGCGUGCUUUUCCUCCUGUUUGGGUCGAGGGACCUAACACAGUGACUGGGCAUGAAAACCAGCAACACCCCACCUGCCUCUCAUCCGGUGGCCACUGGCCUGAGCCGGGGCUGGGCCCACCUUGCUGCAGGGGGUGCUGGGCCAAGACUCGGGUGGGCAGAGCGCACCCCCUGGCAGUGUGGUUCACAGAGGGCGCCCUGUGGGCGGCAGGUGGCCUUGGUUUUCAGGUUCAGUUGUUUAAAGACCAGGGGUCUCAGAGCAGUGACUUGCUGCAGUAAAUUCAGGAUGGCACCUCUUCUUCCCAGGCCCUCCUGGGGCCGGAGGACACACUCAGUAAGUGGGUGCUUUACUCCCUGGCCUCGGGUGCUGGGUGUCACUGGUCCCGGGCCUCCUGGGACCCGGGCGCCUGCGUCUGAGCCCUGGCCCAGGUGAGGGCGCUGUGCUGGAGGCUGUGCUGAUGCAGGAGAGUCAGAGUCACUGAGAGAGUCGGUCACCUUCGGGGUUGGUGGAGGGGUUUCCAGGUGGAGGACAGAGCAGGACAGUGAGAUGCAGGACCGCAAGGACGCCAGUGUGACUGGGGCCAAGCCUGUGCGGGGGACGUGAGGUCGGACAGGUGAGGGUGUUGGACUGAGGCCCGUCCUCAGUGUGAGCGGCGGUGGACAGGGCAUGACCGGUUUGGAAACGUGGAGCUCCUGGGGGCAGACUGGCCGGGCGGGGUGCAGCAGGGGGCAGGGCAGAGCCACGUGGUGGCCCCCGACAGGA